AUGGAAGAAGCCAACAGACAAGACGGUGUAGUAUGCCAUGAGGAGGCUCAAGAUGCCUUCUCUUACAACAAUGACGACGCGACAGGCUUUGAGCAGGGCAAUGUGCUAAGCUUAGAGAACGACGACGAUUUAGAAUUUGAAGAGGAUUACGAUGAUGUACAAAAACAUAAGGAUGUCUCCGCGGCUGUUGUGAAGUGCAUCUUUCUGUUUGGUAAACAAAUGGGCCAAGCAAAUUCACCAUGUGCCUCUAACAAGCCGGAGACUACCAAUGAACGUUCAAAAGAGAUUGCCGAGUUCAUAGUGGAUAUGAACUCAAAUUCUAUGUAUUGGUUUGAACGCACUAGUGCUCUGGCUAGAGAUAUCAGUGAUUCCCUGUAUUCACUCUUUCAAGAGUACAGAGGUGUGAAAACUGAGGUUAUAGGUCUUCUAGAGGUCCUCAUAGAAAAUUUGGAAUCUGUAAUUUCAGGCGGAACGGAAUACUUAUACACACCGCUUGAGGCGAUGGAGGGCAUUCGAUUUGCGAUUGAAGAGCUACAUGCCUUAACGGAAAUGAUUCGCAAAGCAUCUAUACGGAAUGAGGACCUCAGUCUCGACGCAGCAUUCAUAAAAGACGAUACCACGGACUUUAAAAAUCACAUGUUUCCCAUUAUCAGGCGCAUGUUUCCCCAUGCUCAGCCUUCUCUCUGCGAUCAACUCGCCUUGUCCGUUGCAAUUCGCCGAAGACGCUUACGUCUCACGUUCAAAGAUGCAGAAAAAUUGAGGGCCAGAAGAGCCCGAAGUGCCCGAAGCCAAAGCAAUAACAAUCAAGAAUAUCCAGCCUCUGCCAUUCCGUCACAGCCAUCUCAGCCUCAGCCUCAGCUUUUGUACACGCUUGCUCGUUUGCCACAUAACGUGGAAGGUGGUAUUACUUGCACAGAAUCUGUCGUUACGAGGAAUAAGCUGAACGUUGAGAAAGUUUCUACCGCUUUUCUCAGCCGCCAUCCUAAAAUCUGGAAAGACCAUUUAAAUGAAGACGUAAAGCCUUAUGUUUGCCUUUCGGAACAAUGCAGGACUCCAGUGCUCUUCUUCAGAACUAUAGGACAUUGGGUCGAUCACAUGAACCACAGGCACUCACCUGAGUGGACCAAAAGAAUUCAUAUCGGCACCUGGCUCUGCGAUUUUGAGCAUGACGUUGCCCGUUUUAAUGAGCUUGAAAGCUUUCGGGAGCACAUGAAUGAUGAGCACAACCAUCCCAUUAGAGGACCGCCGACUAAGCAUGAACUGGAUGUACUUGAAAUCUGUCAAUACAAACUUGUUACUCGCGACGAGCAUAUUUGUCCAUUUUGCGAUUGCAUUCCGGAUAUUCCUAAACGGGACAUCUCGACUAGUGCCUCAGAGGAGAAUCUACAUCAGCCGUUGCACGAGCAUAUUGCUAGCCACCUCCAAAAUCUCGCUGUCCUGUCUAUUCCGGGCUUGGACACAGCCGAAGCGUCUGAAAUUAUGUCAGACAAUUGCAAAGCCGAAGAAAAAUGCAGCUGGUUAGGGGAGGGCGAGAAAGAUUCUUGCCCGAGAGGAUAUGCCCGAGAACUGUGCGAUAUUUCGCUCUCAGACGUCCGAAGUAGCAGCGAUGUAGGCCAAGAACCGAGGAGGCGACGUAAAAGCGAACCUGAAUACUUGCACUACCACAUGAGAGACAACAUCGAUGAAGAACUAAGGGCCUACUUUGGUACAUUAGAAAUAUUUACUGCCCAUGGGAUUGAAUGA